AUGGGCUCUUCUGAACUGAAUCGAAUAAAUCUUGAUACAUAUGCAAUGAGGAUCAUGGAAAGAGAUUUAUUGAGGGGAACAAAUUGGUUGAAAUAUUCACCACCAGGAGAAAAUAUGACGCUGCGAAGAUAUGAAUUAGUUACUCCUAUAACUCAAUGGUUUGGAUCCAAGGAUAAAAAUGGCUCUUGGAAAGGAAUGAUUGGACAAAUAGCAACAAAAGAAGCAGAUUUUUCAUUUGUACCCGUUUACAUAACAUACGAUCGAUUCGCUAUUGUUCAUUAUUCCUCACCUUUAAUGUUUUCCCAAGGAGUAUUCGUAUUGAGAUCACCAGAACGAAAACCUAAUUUGUCUGCUAUAUAUAAACCUUUUUCCAAAGAGUUAUGGAUUAUUAUAAUUGUUGUUGCAAUACUAUAUGCCCUAACUGUAUUCCCUAUCAUAAAUAAAGACUUAUCACUGCAUGGAAACGAUAAACUAUGGUCUAAAAGAAAAAUGUUUUGGUUUAUUUUCAAAACUUUCACCAACCAAGGAGACGAUUUGACAUUAUUUCGUAGUUUUCCCUCUAGAUUUGUAAUAGGAAUUUGGUUGUUAACUACUGUUACAUUAGUUUGGAGUUAUACUGGUGUUCUUAUGUCAUUCUUGACUUGUCCUUUUGUAAAUCCAGUUCCUAGAACUUUUUUUGAAUUGUCAACUGCUAUCGAAAAUGGAGAAUAUGAAGUUGGAAUUGAAAAAUAUGGCGCUAUAACAAAGUUAUUAUUUGAAUCGAAAUCAAGACAUAUGAAAAUAAUAGCUGAAAAUGUCAUUUCUCGCAAUAACUUUUACACAUACGACACAGCAAUGAAACGAAUGAUGAAAGAUUAUCAUUUUGCUUUUAUUGGUGGAAACAUAAUUUUAAGAUCUCAUAUGGAUAGUUUAGGAGCUUCGCAUUUUCGAAUGUCUGAAGAUAUUAUAGCUACUUACACAAUGUCAUAUGCAAUGAAGCUUGGAUUUCCGUAUAAAAAUAAAGUUAACAAAAUAAUUGCUCGUCUAUUUGAGUCGGGAAUUAGUAAUCGUCAGAUUAAUUUUAAACUUCCGGAAAAUAAUGAAGAAUCAGCUAUUCACCCAUUAGUCGUGGAAAUUCUCUUAAGUCCUUUCUUACUGUUAGUUUCGGGCUAUAUUCUUUCUACUGUAAUAUUCGCCAUCGAAAUGAUGCUUCGCAAAAUCAAUAAAAAUAAGACUGGCAGCUUGAAUAUAUAA